AUGAAGAAAUAUUUGGCUGUGGCUUUGCUGCUUUGUGCUCUGGCGUCACUGACAAACGCUCAGUGCUUCCAAAAUCCCAUAAAACCAGACAUGACCCAUUGUCAGGACAAUGUGGAUAACACGUGGCAUGCAGUAGGAUCUUCAUGGAGGAACAGUGCAUGUUGGGACUGUACUUGCACUGGAUGUUGUGCUGGAUUUUCAACCCCCAGGCAGUUCCCUGACGACUGUGUGUCAGAGUUUGAUGCAAAGAGGUGUGAAUACAUUGUGCAUAAGAAGAACGACCCAACCAUACUUUGUCCAAUUUAUAGUGCCGUAGGAAAGUGACUGAGUGAUCUGAGUGGAAAACUGCCUGUUGUGUUGGUUGGAACACAAGACCACACAGUGGCCAGAAACUGAAAAUAAAAUACUGCUAACAAUGAAAUUUCAAAUUAAUAAUUAAUAAUUUCUUCAUGAUUUCCUCCUUUUUUCAUAUCUCUCUUUGUACGAGGGAAAGGAGAAUUUCUGGUUACAUGUCAAGGAACAUUGAUAAAUAAAAUGGCUUUCAAGUUUGUA